UAAUUACAAUUUGAUUUUUAUAAUAAUUUUAGAGAGCAGCAGUGGUGAACUUGAUUUGAUAGGGGAACAAACAUGCUGAUUUCCAUAAUUGUAUCUGUAGUCUCUAUUCCCUUUGAGAUUCUUUACUGGAUUAAGUGGAUUGUUGCAUAUAUCGCUGUUCGGAUAUACAAUGCAAAGCAUCGUAGAAGGUUUGAUUUGUAUAAACCAUAUGCAGUCGGAGAUCCUGAAAAAGUGGGCUUUCUUGUUCCUCAAUUAGAAACUGAACUAGAAUCACCUCAAUCGGAGACCGAUUUGCUAGAGUCGGCGGAUGAGGUACAGUUCUACGGAAUAAAUUCGAAAGCAGAAUGUGUUCUGGUCCGCAUCACAAGAGGAUGCAAUCAAGAAGCCGAAGCUUGGAUCUAUUUGAAAUUGGCUGAUGGCACGACUUAUCAUUUGGCUGAGCAUGUCAAUUAUCAACAACCAUUUGAGGGAAAAUGCCUGGUAUUUUCUUGCGGGAACUUACAAAUGCAUUAUUUGGCACCGAUGAGAAGAUGGAGAAUACAAUACUGUGGUUCUCUAAUGCGAAAAUCUGAAAAUAAAGAAUUAUCUGAAGGAAAGACUUUUGUGAAAUUCGUGUUUUUGUGGAAUGCUUCAUCUGACGUCUAUGAUAUUAAUGAUGUUUCAAGAAAUAUGACUGGUUUUGCCAGUGCCAUGGCAAGAGCCGAAUGGGAUUCAGUUUUACAACCUCCAGUUCAAAAGUUUGUUGAUAGUCUGAAUUUCUAUUAUCAAAUGGGAAACAUAAGAGGUACUGUUUCUGUGAACGAGGAUCCGGAUUAUGAGAUGCAUUUAUUUGGUGAAAAAAUGAGAAUUUUAGGUAAAAGUUCACACUUUUCUGGCUGCAAGUUUGAGAAUUUAGUAGGAUACGUACCACAGAGUGGACAUGGAUUUCAUUUGCGAAAAGCUUCAAAUCCGAAAAUCUUCAAAGAUGUACCAGCAGGCUUUCUAAUCAAUCCUUUUGGAGAUAUGCUUAUUGUCAAGGAUAUUGACAUUGCAAUAAAACCAUACAGUCCAGUUACUUCGACACGCAGUUUUGAAGCAAAAUUUACAGCAGGAGAGUCUUGCAAUUUAAAUGGAAGUAUGUCUCACGAGCCUAUAGUUCUGUAUAGUGGCCAGGGAUGGAGUGGAUUUUUAGAGCUUUAUUUUCUCAAGUUCACUUUCCACAAUAAAACAGGUUAUGGAUUGUUUCUAUCGGGGGAAGUGUACAACGAGCCAUCGACACCUAAAAUUCCUCUGCUCCAUACGGUAUGCCCUAAAGAAGUCCCUUUGACAGUCAAGUUCACCGACGAAAUAUCACAAUUUGGAGACAUUUCUGGGGGAAAAGGAUCAUCUUUGGGAAAACUGACAAAACUAAGUCGUAAAGAUAAAUCCUUUGUUGUUCCUAAAGGAAUCGUCGUUACAACAUCUGCUUAUGAAGAGUUUUUGACUCCUGACAUAUUGAAUGCAGUGAAGAAAUUAGAAAACGUUGCUUAUGGAAACGUCAAGGGCGAUCUAAUGGAAGAGUGCGAAGUUGUUUCCAGGAAUAUUUUAAACACAACAAUGCAAAACAAAAUAGCUCAGAGUAUACAGGAAAACUUGAAAUUAGUCUUUGGUGACGGAUUUAAAAAUUACAAGUUUGCUGUAAGAUCUUCGGCAACAGGGGAGGACACCGAUGUCAUGUCAGCAGCUGGUCAAAUGGACACAUAUUUAGGAGUACAAGGCUUACAAGAGAUAUUUCAUGCUCUCAAGAAAUGCUGGGCUUCACAGUUUGGGCACAUAGCCAUUGAAUAUAAGAAGCAGAAUGGGCAGAUUUUGAAUUCACCAAUGGCUGUUGUUAUACAAGAGAUGGUUGCUUGUGAAGUAGCAGGAGUCAUUUUUACUUGUGAUCCUGUAAACAAUAACCCGGAUGUUAUUACAAUAACAGCUAAUUAUGGUUUAGGGGAGACUGUUGUUUCUGGAUCAGUUGAGCCGGAUACAAUUAUGCUUGAACGAUCAAAUAAUGAUGAAUUAAAAGUGAAAUCUAUAACAGUUGGCUCUAAGCACCAAAGAAUUGUCUUAAAAGAAUCUGGUGGAACAGAAGUUGAAGAUUUACCAGAUGAUUCCAAAACUUCAGCUUGCAUAAACGAAGAAACAUCGAUCAAUCUUGGGAAGUUGGCAAUAAGAGUUGAGAAGUUUUACCGAUCAUCAAGAGAUAUAGAAUGGGGUUUAAUAAACAAUAAAAUUUACCUUCUGCAGAGCCGACCUGUUACGAGUGGAGCAUCACUUACUGAAUUUGAGUUGAAACAUGAAUUUGACUGUAUUUUGAGAAGUGAAAGAGAUUACUUCACUGUAGCAAAUAUAGGGUAAGAAUAUGUUACAG